AUGGUUGCCAAUCCUGAUGAGAUUAUCGGGGAAAAAUGGAGGGUAGCCGAGGAGGUGAGAAUUUUCCCAGCUGUGGUUCAAUUCAACGAUGCCGAACCUCAUGUGCUUCACCAGAUGAACCUGAAAGUUCAAAAUCUCAGCAAGUUCUCAAAGUUCGUACGCUUCCAUUCACCCAACUCAAAGUUCUUCUCGUUGAAAGUGAAGAAUCCUGACAAACCAAUUGCGCCAGGUUUGGAUGUCACCGUAUUAGUAGAAUAUUACACAGAAGAUUUUGAAGACAGGCAAGAUCGAACCAUAUUAUUGGUAGAUGAUGACAUCAUAGAGAUACCUUUAAUAGCUUUCACACCUUCACCGCAACUUGAAAUACGUGGCGCAGUUGAUUUUGGCACGACCGUGUUAAAUGGUAAGAUCCUAACUGGGUAUUUUUCCAUCGAUAACUACGGGAGUAGAGAGGGAGCCUUCUCGAUCAAGUACACGGGAAAACAAUCGCUGACCAUAAUUCCUACAAGUGACGUCAUUCGAGCCCAUUCAUCACUGAAGAUUAAGGUUGAAUUCAUUGGUAAAACAUGUGGAAAAUUCCAGGAAAUAAUCAAUGUUGACUUGGAAAGACAAGACCAGGCACAUGUCGAGGUACUUGCAAAUGUCGUUGAAAGAAGUUGUAAACUGGAGAUAGCUGUUUCUGCUACGGCCGCACCAGUUGAAGUAACCAUAACACCUGAACCUAAAGUUGUAUUUGGUGAAUGUAAAGUCGGUGAUCACGUGGAAGCCUUGUGCAAGAUCACGAAUCACUCUCAUCUCUGGAGAGAUAAGCGUACGGCCUGCAGAAAAAUAUUAAAAAUAAGAACGCAAUACACAGGUAUUCAGAGAUAUACGUAUAUUGACCCUGAUUUCGCUUUGACUGAUGAAGAAACUCGUCGUAAACAACAGCAUCGACAGUUGUAUUUGGAUUAUUUACGAGAUUUGAGAACAUUUAGAGAGUUCAAACUAAAUAAAAGGAAAAUGGAUAGAUGGGAAAACAAGAAAGAUCUUGGAAUUAAACCUGGACAUGGUCUUCAACCCCUGAAAAUAACUGUCAAAGAAGCAAAUAGAAUAGAAAAAAACGAGGAGAAUAGAUGUUCAAGCCUAGAUGCAAUGCUUACCACUAAAACAUUAGCAACUCCUCUGAAGUUAGUCGACGGUCUCAACGCGAUCCCACUGACCGAUGUUGAAAAACUGGACUGCAAAAAGACGCUUUCUCCCGAGGAUAUUAAGAAGAUCGACAUUGGUAAAUUUGUCAUACUGCCUGGCAUAGAUUUUGGUGAAGUUUGUCAGCGAUCCAUGAAGACGAAAUAUUUAACGAUUGGAAAUAACCUAAAUCAACAUAUUCAUGCUGUCGUCCAUAUUGAUUGCCGCGAACUACGUCAGUCGUCGCCAUUAUCCCAAGUGAUCCCACCUCAUUCCUCUGCCAGAAUUAAUCUCGUUUUUGAGUCCAUUGCUAAAGGAUCAUUUGAAAGGAAUAUCCAAUACACGAUCAACGACAAUCAACAUUUUUAUGUCAUCACAAAAGCUUCAGUGGUACCUGUCGCUUUGCAGUUAUCCUCCGAUAAACUCACAUUGAAACCAAAUUCAUCUAUGGCCACCGAGUCUGGUUUUCGAGGUGUUGUGAGGAUUGAUAACAGACGAAAUGCUGAUGCGGAUUUUGCUUGGAAAAUUGUCGAUUGCAAAGAUGAUUCUUCAUUUUCAAUAUGUCCUUCAAGAGGUACAGUUAAUGCGUCGUCAUCACUUGACUGUGAAGUCGUGUUUCAUCCAUCUUAUGGCUCAACAAGAACCGUCCAAUAUAAUUUCCAUGUUGAAGGCGGGAAGAAUUCAAGACUUGCUUGUGAAGCUCAGUUUGGUCCGACGCA